UGAGGGAAUGGCCGUUCUCCAGUCCCCUCCCCUCUUGUCACUCCGAAGGUUGGGCGUUGUGGAUUGAGAGCCGACUCCGGCUAAGCGAGUCAGCCCCGGCUAUAGUUAGUCAGAGAACGCUGGCUUCUUGCUGGAAGAAGAAGAGCAGAAGCCGAAGCGGAGGUAGUGCCUCCACCCCAGGGUGAUUAUGCCCUUCACCACGGCCAAAGUGGCCACACGGCUGAGCCAAGGAAUCACCGCCAAAAGAGCAGCGCUGGCACUGCUGGUGGCGGCAUAUGGGGCCAGGAAGUUAUACCCCAUCCUACGAAGACAGUGGGCUGCCUCGGUCCUCCAGAUGAAUUCAGAGACCACCAGUCCCAGAGAGCCAACAGCAAGGUGGAAGGAACUCGAGGAGGGCACCACAUCACCGCCUGGUGUGAACAAGGUGUUUUUUCUCCGUCUCCUCCGUCUCCUGAGGUUGUUGUUCCCUGGACCACUGUGCCGGCAGACAGGACUCUUGGCCUUGCAUUCAGCUGCCCUGGCUAGCCGCACCUUCCUCUCAGUUUAUGUGGCCCAGCUGGAUGGACGGUUGGCCCGCUGCAUUGUCCGUAAGAACCCACAGGACUUUACGUGGCAGCUUCUUCAGUGGCUCCUCAUUGCCCUGCCAGCCACCUUUGUCAACAGUGCCAUUCGGUACCUGGAAGGGCAACUGAGCCUGGCCUUCCGUGGACGCUUAGUGGACCAUGCCUAUCAGCUCUACUUUGAGGGUCAGACCUAUUACCGGGUCAGCAACAUGGAUGGACGGUUGCGUAACCCGGACCAGUCACUCACAGAAGAUUUGGUGGCCUUUGCUAAUUCUGUGGCCCAUCUCUACUCAAACUUGACCAAGCCUGUCCUUGAUCUCAUUGUGACUUCCUAUACCCUCAUCAGUUCAGCUAGAUCAAAGGGGGCUGAUACAGUUUGGCCCUCAGUUAUUGCUGGUUUGGUAGCUUGCACCACUGCCAAGGUGCUACGUGCCUGGUCACCAAAAUUUGGCCAGCUGGUGGCUGAGGAAGCGCGCCGGAAAGGAGAGCUGCGCUACAUGCAUUCCCGUGUGGUGGCCAAUUCGGAAGAGAUUGCCUUCUAUGGGGGGCAUAAGGUGGAGCUGUCCCUUCUGAGGCAUUGUUAUCAUCAGCUGGCCUCUCAAAUCAAUGUGCUGCUUCUGGAGAGACUCUGGUAUGUGAUGCUGGAACAGUUCCUUAUGAAGUAUGUGUGGAGUGCUGCUGGGCUGGUCAUGGUGGCUGUACCAAUCAUCACUGCUACUGGUUACUCCGAGACAGAUUCAGAGGCAGUGAAACAAGCUGCAGUGGAAAUGGAAGAGAAAGAAUGGAUAAGCUUGAGGACUGAGGCUUUUACCACAGCUCGGAAUCUUUUGUCUGCAGCAGCCGAUGCUACAGAGAGGGUCAUCUCUUCCUACAAAGAGGCAACUGAACUAGCAGGCUACACUGCUCGUGUGUAUGAGAUGUUCCGGGUGUUUGAGGAUGUGAAAUGCUGCAACUUCCGACGUCCUGGAGAGCUUGAUGAAGGCCAGGCUCAGGCUAGAACAAUUAUGAAGCAUGGUAUGCGUGUCGAGGGCUCACUCCAGAUCCAAGGACAUGUGAUUGAUGUCGACCAUGGGAUUAUCUGUGAAAACAUCCCUAUCAUCACUCCUACUGGGGAUGUGGUAGUCACCAGCCUUAAUAUCCGAGUAGAUGAAGGCAUGCACCUACUGAUCACUGGACCAAAUGGCUGUGGGAAGAGUUCCCUUUUCCGGAUCUUGGGGGGGCUUUGGCCAACUUACAGUGGCACCCUCUACAAACCACCUCCUCAUCGAAUGUUUUACAUUCCACAGAGACCGUACAUGUCUGUGGGCACCCUGAGAGACCAGGUGAUUUACCCAGAUACGGCCAAGGAUAUGGGACUGAAAGGACAUACUGAUUCUGACCUGGAACGGAUCCUGAACAUCGUCAACCUCAAUUAUAUUGUACAGCGUGAAGGAGGUUGGGAAGCUGUCAGUGACUGGAAGGAUGUACUUUCGGGUGGCGAGAAGCAGCGAAUGGGGAUGGCGCGGAUGUUCUAUCACAGGCCAAAGUACGCUCUCCUUGAUGAAUGUACCAGUGCUGUCAGUAUCGAUGUAGAAGGCAAGAUCUUCCAAGCAGCAAAGGAUGCAGGAAUUGCGUUGCUCUCCAUCACACACCGACCUUCCUUGUGGAAGUACCAUACGCAUCUCCUCCAGUUCGAUGGGGAGGGCGGCUGGCGGUUUGAGAAGCUGGACCCUGAAGCCCGUCUCUCCCUGCGUGAGGAAAAGCAGAGCCUGGAACAGAAGCUGGCAGGGGUCCCUGAAAUGCAGCAACGUCUCGGCGAACUCUGUCAAAUAUUGGGUGAAGAUGCACCCUCUACAGUGGGGUAGGUGGGUGAUUUGGGUGCCUUCCAAUCUCCCUUUCUUGCUGGCUUGAUAAGAAGGACCCUAAUUGUGAGACUUCCACCUGAGGAGCUGCACAAGAUGGGCAGUUUUUGUCCCAGCCACCCAAGAAGCAGUUGAGGAUACCCUGCAGGAGGGGCAUUAGUUAUUUCUGGCACCCAUUAAUUUAUUCUUCUGCCUCAGUUUAGGGCUGGAGGAAGAAAGGGGUUGCCCCACACUGCCAAUAUCUCUGAAGCCAGCCCUUUCAAUUCUCACACACAUGGUGCCUCAAUACCCCUAGAUAGUACAAGGAGUUCUUCACAAGUGGGAAUUGCACUGCUCCACUGCCAGUCUUGAGCCUCUGUACUCAUGGACUUUGGGGAGUAACGUCUCAGCUACUGCCACCUCACCAACACAGAAACUUCAGCCAAACCAAUCACAGCCUUUCUUCGCAGAAAUGCCGCACACAUAGCAUGAGUGAAAAUUGUGAAAGAAGCUCUUGCCAACCUCUUCCUUUCUGGCCUCCACAGCUAGGCUGCAACGUUUGGCUCCACUGGCAGAUUUCUGGUACCCAAACUGAGGGAUGUUUGCUCCUUCUUGAAACAGCCCUGGAGCAAAGUAGCAAGUUAAGAAAUUCACAUUCUAUUAGGUGGUUUAUGUUCUAUGAAAUGCACAUAUUUUUCAGGCACUUACCCUUCGUCUCACUAAGAACCUCUUUGUAAUAUAGAGCAAGUUGCCUAAGGAAGUCCCGGAUCCAUGAGACCAAUCUUCUGAAGCUAAAUUUGUGUCUCUUGUUCUGAGUAUGCUCAGCUGGUGCCAGAGUUCAACAUCUGGUGCCUUUAUUGAUGAUUCAAACUGUAUUGCCGACAGCACAUCUUUGUAAUCUCUGGGAUCUCACCGCUGCAUUCAAAGGAUGCUCAGUAAACACAGACAUGGGAAGGUCUUCCUGAAAUGGGAAGAAAACCGCUGUUCAGGAUUUAAUUUAAUUUAUUAAAAUUUUGCAGCUUAAACUGUCAAGCCAUUUCCAAUGGUUUCUCUACAAAGGUUUCUCUAUAUGGAGGAGGCCUUCACUUUUGGGAGGGAAUGACCAUUUAUUGAGGGAGUUGAAUUUCCAGGAUUUUAGUAUCACUUGCCAAUGGAAUUGGGUCAGUCAAAUUGGAAUUUCCUAGAGAGAUUACACCAGAAUUUUCUAGAAAUAUUUAUGUUGUAAGUACCCAUUUGAUUUAGACUUGUCCGAUGUUCUCAUUUCCUGUAUACCAUGAGAGGCUACGUGGGUUCCCGAUUCAUUUAGUCCCUUGCCUAAAGCAGGAUACAUAAAGGAAUAUUUAUUUGCAAACUAUAGAGCUUUGCCAAUUUACUCACAUUGGAAUAAGAUCUUAGCCUGUCUUGAUUGAGGAUAGAGCAUUGGUAGCUCCUAUUUCAGCUAUUGUGUGCAUAUUAUUUUAUCCUGCCACUUUAACCGAUAGGAUUUGUAGAGGGACUACACUAGAUAGGAAAAGAAUAGUUGGGUCCCCUUUUAUGAGACCUAAAUUAGAUUAUUAUUCUUACUAUUGUUAUGCUAUUGUUGGCCUGCCUCCCCCCCCCAAAUAAAAUCAUGAGGGUGGUUGAGAAUCUCUUACUAUCAUGGUUUAAAGUACUGAUAUCAACUUUUAUCUCUCCCUAUGAAAUAACAGACCAACAAACUAUUAUUAGUGUUAGCUCCAAGAUCCACCCAACAGUUCCUUUUAGUUGCAACUCCAUUAGACCUGAUAUCAAUCUUAUAGACUGCCUUGGCCCAUCCAACACUAGACAAUACCUUUGUUUUCCAUACUUUUGAGUCACUUUGAUCCCACUCAUAACAUCCUCCCACGUAUCCACAUUUGGUUGAAUCUGCCUGUGGAGAGUAAUGAGUCGGUUUGUGGGGACAAAAAACUGGAUAGAUUUAGAUUUUUGCAAGCUGCGGUAUUAUUAAAAAAUACUCCCUCACUUCUCCCUCGUAAUUAAAACAAAGAACAACACAACAAGGAAAAGGCUUGAAGAACCUUUUCUCCCACACGUGCCCCUUGAGGAGAUGUUGGACUGCUGUGAUUGCUCAAAAGCCCAGUUCCUAUCUCCACCACCCAUGCCUGCCCGUAGUUUGAAGUAAUACUGCUUAUUCAGCUGAAUGAGCAGAUGCAACCUUUUAGUUCCGCCUUUUUUGUGUAGAAAUGAGAAAGUCACAAUCCCCUAGCUGCUGCUUCCUGCAGAUCAAAAGAGAGACUCUUAAUAGUUCUCUGAUGCUCUCUGCCAUCUCCAUCACACCCACAAGAACUUGUGAUAUUUGCUACCAGUGACCUUUCACUGCUAACGACCCUGUUGUUAUAUUUCCCAGCCAUGGAUCCAUCAAGCCCACCAGUAAGGUCCAAGGCAUUUACAGGGAGAUUUUAGUCUGCAUCAAACCACUUGUCCCGUGCCCUCUAGAACAGAUGUAUAAUUCAGAUUGCACUAAGUCAGAAUGGGAUCGUGUUGAUUUGUGAUGUUGUGCAGUAUUGUGAGUUGUAAAACUUAGUUCUUGGCUUGGAAUGAAUUCAUCCAGCUAUCUUAAUCAACAAAACAUGGUUUCGAAUGGGAGUUUAAAAUGAUGUGUGAAAACUGCCAGUAUGUAUAUAAGAGCAGACUGGAUAUUGGAGGGAGGUGAUGAAGUACCCUCUACUGUAUUGUACAAGUGAUUAGUUUUAUUUACUGUGUGUCCGUAUUUUGUAAAAUUGCAUUAUCAGAUCUAUUAUGGGCCAUUUUAUGAGCCUGGUAUGUACUAUUUACUCUUCUAGCAAGCAAGUAAAACUGUUUUAUUGCUUAUGGGGAGGGGAAGAGAACAGCAAAAGCCAAAGAGUGUGCCAUUGAGAUUGAGUGUUUGUCAAAUGUAAAAUUCUCACUGCAGCACAUAGCUAUUUCCAUCUAUUAGCUUUGAUGUCAAAAUCAUGCAAACUAUGCAACAAAGAUUUUCUUGGUGGUUUUGGACAGGCAGGACUACGCAUCCCAGUCUUUCUUCUGUCCUCACAGUGCCUUUUAUGCUGGCAAAGCCAGGUUUAUUCAGAUGAUGUUAAUAAAUAUGAUGAAACAAA